UCAGCCAAAAUAAUAGAUUAAGAAGACUCCCUUUGAAGCACGAAGUGUGCCAAAAGGGUUAAAAAAAAAAAAACACAAACAAAUCUCGUGAUUGUCCUUGCUUAUUUAAGAUAAGCUUUUGUCCACUCUAUUGUAAUAUAAAAAAAAAAAAUCAAAGGAUAAGUGCUCUAUAUACUUUGUAAUGGAGAUUGUAGUUGAAGAAGAUAUUGUGAUUGUGGGAGCUGGAAUUGCUGGCCUCACAACAUCCUUGGCACUUCACAGAUUGGGUGUAGAAAGUUUGGUAUUAGAAUCUUCAGAUAGUUUGCGAGUCGGUGGAUUUGCUUUAACGUUAUGGGAAAAUGCUUGGAAGGCCUUGGAUGUUGUAGGUGUUGGAAAUAUCCUCCGCCACCAACAUCUACAACUUCAUCGGCUUGUCACUACUACUUUGAUUACAGGGCAACAAACUUCAACCACGUCUUUCAAGGACAGAAAAUUAGCAAAGCAUGGACCCUAUGAAGUUCGUUGUGUUAGAAGGCAGUUAUUGUUGGAAGCCCUUGCUAGUGAGCUUCCAAGUGGCACUAUUAGGUACUUGUCAAAGGUUGUUGCUAUUCAGGAAUCUGGUUUCUUUAAGAUACUCCAUCUUGCCGAUGGAACAACCAUCAAAACCAAGGUAUUGAUCGGGUGUGAUGGAGUUAACUCUUUGGUAGCAAAGUGGCUAGGCUUCAAGGAGGCCUCUUACACAGGGAGAUAUGCAGCCAGGGGCUAUUCAGAGUGCGAGACCAAUCAUGAGUUGGAACCAAUGUUCAUGCAAUACUUUGGUAAAGGUUUUAGAGCUGGAGCUCUUCCAUGUAAUGAGAAGGGUGUUUACUGGUUUUUUACAUGGACUCCUACAAGCCAAGAAAAAGAGCUACUACAAGACCCGGCUAAACUGAAAGAAUAUGUAUUAAAGAAGUUAGAGAAAAUGCCAAGUGAUGUUAGAUCUUUCAUAGAAAACACUGAGAUAGAUGCUUUCCAUUCAGCUCCAUUGAGAUAUAGAAAUCCAUGGGAGCUCAUAAUGGGAAAUAUUAGCAAAGGAAAUGUUUGUGUUGUUGGUGAUGCUUUACACUCUAUGGCACCUGAUCUUGCCCAAGGGGGGUGUUCUGCUUUAGAAGAUGGGGUGGUAUUAGCAAGGUGCUUAGCUGAGAUAUUUUCCAAGAGAUUGAAGGAAGAAGAUGAAUACAAAAGGAUUGAGGAAGGUUUGAAGAAAUAUGCAAAGGAGAGAAGAUGGAGAUCCAUUGAUCUCAUUGGUAGAUCUUAUGUUGUGGGUUCUAUUCAGCAAGGUGGUUCAAAAUUGGUCAACUUCUUUAGAGAUAAAAUUUUGGCUACAUUCUUAGCCCAUCAGUUGUUGAAGAAGUCUGAUUUUGAUUGUGGAAAACUAAGAGAGCCCUAAUUAGUGACACAAUCAAUAAUAAUUAGUGACACAAUCAUCUUACAAUAAUAAUAAUUAGUGACACAAUCAUCUUCCAAUGAUUAUGAACCUAUGUUAUUUACUUUUGAAGAUAUUACUUUUCCUUUUCAGCAUGGUUUAUGUUGAUUAGAGAAUAACACAUCAAACUCCAUUGAUAUGUUGUAAUGAAUGACGGUAAUAAGCAAACCGUGAAAGAAUAAAUCAGAAGCUUCUCAUGAAUGCCAA